GCUAUUUCGCGGCCGGCAAGGGCCGGGCAUCGUUUAGUCUAGCAUGAGACUGUGGAGGGUGAGCAGCCGAGUUUUCACACGCUAAAGGUGCUGAAGGGGACCACGCACACCGGGUAUAACAUCAACCCAGGCAGCGGAACAGUGUCAACAGCAUGUUCAAGACCAGCUACCGGCGCGAAGUGCGCAAGGAAAAGUAUGAGCGCUCCGACGUCUUUGAGGAGCCCUCUAGUUCGGAUGCAUCAGCCGGUGCCUCUGCUAUCCAGGGAUGGGAGAGCCUCCAGGAGCUCAACAGCCGUUUUGCCCGUUACAUAAACCGGGCGCGGGUACUGGAGCAGCGUAACGCCGUAUUCCGUAGGCAGCUGGAAACGCUACAGCGCAUGGAGGAGGCCAGCGGCCUGGAAGAGGCCUUUACUGAGCAGAUCAAUCUCAACCGUCAGCGUAUCCGCGAGCUCUCAGCAGACCAUGCAAAACUCAACCGCGAGCUGAAAGAUGCUUGCCGUAUGCUGGAUGAGUAUACCAACAAAUAUAGAAAUGAAUGUGAAUAUCAGGAGCAACUUAGAGGCACAUUGGAACAACUCAACAAGGAAGCAGACUCUGCUCUCCUGGGCAAUCUGGAGUAUCAGAUUCAGUCCCAGUUUCUUCAGGAUGACAUCAACUCUACCAAAGACAGACACAAGAAGAACCUGGCUGAGAUCCAGACAUAUGUCAACAUUCUGCACCAGAUCAACCAGACCCUGCCCCUGAUGCCCAACAUGACAGUUGGCAUCUCCGAGGAGCAAGAGAAGCUACUGGCCCAGAGGAAGGUUCCGGGCCUACAGAGCCAGCUGGAGGAGUACAAGACUGCCCUCUGUCAGCUACAGUUGCAGAAGCAGCGACUUCAGACUGAGACCACAGGGUUGGAGCAAAGCAUAAAGAACACUCAGGAGAGCUACGAUGAUGAGAUCCAGAUGUACAACGAAAAGAUUGAUUCUCUGAGGAAGGAGAUCGAGGAGGCCGAAAAGUCCCUGGAGAGGUUAACCAACGAGUGUCGUCACCUGGCCAUGUACCAGACCUCCCUGGAGAACGAGUUGGAGAGGUACAAGAGGAUCAUCGAGAAUGAGGACAACAGGUUGAAUUCAGCGAUAAUUGGGACUCCCAUUACCCUGUUCACUACCAAUUACCGCUACACCCACACACCCAGCGCUCCGAGCAGGGGGAGAGACCUCACUCAAGCCAUCCAAGACAUUACCAAUAUCAAACCCCGUCAGAAGAACCUGGCCAAGAAGGUCAUGAAGAAGAGAGAAAUCACCCCCAAGGACGUGAUGGACAGCGGCCAGGAUGAGAAAGCGGGGGAGGCCACCGAGGACCAGAAGCGAGGACUGGCGGUGCAGGAGGAGGGAGGCGAGGGAGCCAACAGGGUGGAGCAGAGUCCCCUGUUUACGGGCGUGUCUCCCCAGGAUGUGCCGGACGGGGCGCAGAUCAGCAAGGCCUUCGACACCCUCUGCAACAUCGUCAGGGACCGCAUGCGGAAGUACAAGAGCAAGCCGGAGCCUAUCGCCGACUUUUACACCAAAGGGCGCUAUGUGCUGGUCACAGGUGACGGCAGCUACCUGCACCCCUGCUUCUACUCCUCCAGCCCCUCUGCCGGACACGUCUUUGUCACCAUCAGGGACAACAUGAUGUCCCCCUAUGACCCUUACAGCCCCUUCCCCACCCCACCUCAGCCUAUGCCUAUGCCCAUGCCUAUGCCCAUGCCAGGUCCAGGCCACCUCGAUCCAACCCUACCCUCAGAUGGAGAGAGCGGCAAAGGAGGUCGAGGGAAGGGGAAGCACAGAAAUGGAGAUCCCCAUUCCAGACCUAAGGACCCUGGUCCUACCCCACAGCCCAACCCUGCUCCAGGCCCUGGCCCCAGAGGUGGGAAGGAUGACGACGGGCGCAGGGGUCACCCAUCCAUGCCUUCCCCCCUCAGCACCAGCAGCAUGCCCCCAGACUCCAUGAGCUACGAGAAGGUGGAGCUGGUGGAGUCUGUGGAGAAAUUCUCAGAUGACAACAAGGUGAAGGGAUAUGAGCAAACAGCCAUGGUGGUGGAGACCAUGAUUGAGAAGACCAGCAAGAAGAAACACUGAAGAUGAGCCCUGUACCUGACUAGAGAUCUGGACGUACCUCUUCACCAACUUCAUCAAAAAGGCUAAAGACUGAUAUGAUAUGCGACCCUCCUAUUAAAAGAGUCUGAGAGACCAGUUGUGUUAAAUGCCAGUUCUCCAACAGAUAAAGAACCCUACUUCUAAAAUCCUAACACAUUCCUUAAUGCUCCUCAACCUGUUUGCACUCUCUGGCUCCGCAGUGCUGCUGUUGACGUUCCUGCCUAUGCCCACGCCUUACGCCUUUACUGUCUGAAAACUUGGAAGACAAAUUCCAAGCCAUGCGACUCGUCACCUAAAAAAAUGAUUUAAAAAAUGAUAAAACACAAAUGCUACCACCCUGCCAUACGUUGCCUAAUCUUCCCUUGAGAGUUAAUUUGCUUAAUUGAUUGCCAUUAACUGCCCUUAACACAGUUUUGCUGUGUAUACAAUUGUUCUGAUAAUUAAUAAAAAAUUCAA